CUAUGGCCAAUAAGCGUACUAUAUACUCAAUUUACGUCACAAAUAAUACGAUUAGUAUGCGUAUUCGAACACAGCUAAUGAGUCAGGCGUUAUUGCAUGCACUUUCGGCUAAGUAACAUGUUUGUUAACUUAAUUUGUCGAGAUCAAUAUAGAAAAUUAUGUGACUAAAAACUUGGACAACGCGCGGCUUGGUUUUUAGAUAAUAGAUCAAUUGUAUUAACUGGAUAACUAUUCAUUUUUAUAAUUUGUUAUACUGACUAUUUCACAUUGAACAAUGGCAAUUGCACACGUUGCAACAGAAUACGUUUUCUCCGACUUUUUAUUGAAGGAUCCAACCGAGUCGAAGUACAAAGGGGUGCGUCUGGAGCUUGCGGUAGACAAAAUAGUCACUUUCAUCGCGGUUGGUCUCCCUUUGUUACUCAUCUCCCUCGCGUUUGCCCAAGAGGUGUCAGUAGGUACCCAGAUCAGCUGUUUUGCCCCUACCAACUUCUCAUGGCGACAGGCAGCCUAUGUUGACUCCUUCUGUUGGGCGGCGGUGCAGGAGCAGCAACUCAGCGUUGAUGGCGUCGAGGGUGCCCCCCUGUGGCUGCACAAGUUCUUCCCUUACAUCCUUCUGUUGGUGGCAAUCCUCAUGUACAUCCCUGCUCUGUUCUGGCGCUUCACUGCCGCCCCACACCUCUCCUCUGACCUCAACUUCAUCAUGGAGGAGCUGGACCGCUCCUAUAACCGAGCCAUCAGACUGGCCAAGAGCCUGGCCUCAUCUAUAGACACCAAAGAUGUCUCUGACGACCCCCCCAGUGCCCUGGACCUGACCGAAGGCUGCUUUAAAUACCCUCUGGUGGAGCAGUAUCUGAAGACCAAGCGUUUCUCCCGCUGGCUGGUGGUGAAGUACCUGGCGUGUCGGCUGUUAACCCUGCUCACCCUGCUGCUCGCCUGCCUCUACCUGGGCUACUACAUUCGCCUCGCCUCCAUCACCGAUGAGUUUGCCUGUGACGUGCGGACAGGGGUGCUGAGGAACAACAGUGCGGUGCCGGUGCAGUGUAAGCUGGUGGCGGUGGGGGUGUUCAGGCUGCUAAGCUACAUCAACCUGGGGGUGUACAUCCUGCUGGCUCCCCUGCUGGUGUACGCUGCCCUGGGCCCGGCCAGACAGAGCUCCCGCUUCCUCCGGCCCUACGAGAUGCUGCCGGCCUUCGGGGCUCUGGACCUGGACACACCCUUUUACAACGACCUCAGCGUGUACCUGCUCUUCCUGGAGGAGAACCUCAGUGAGCUGAAGUCCUAUAAGUGUCUGCAGGUGCUGGAGCUGCUGAGGGAAGGAGGCGGUGAGGCCUUUGACACUAUGUGUCUGCUGCAGACUCUGGGCCAGGUGAAGACAGAUGUGGUGGAUGGGAAAAGAUCCACUUCACACAAGGACAGCAAAGACUGCACCAAGCCUGGAGAGGAGGACACAAGCUCUUCUGAGCUGAGAGAUGUUUCUACAUUGUGGCUGGACGACGGGCUGAAGAAAGACAACAAGGACAAGACCUGCUGUGGUGGGAAAGAUGUACGUCAGAGAGUGAUCUGAAGUGUGAACUAGGGCCUUUAUCUUUUCAGUCAUUUAGCAGACGUUCUUCUCCAGAGCGACUUACAGAAGCAAUUAGAGUUAAGUGCCUUGCGCAAGGGCAUGUCAACAGAUAUUUCACAUAGUCGGCUUGGAGAUUGUAACCAGCGACCUUUCGGUUACUGGCCCUAACCACUAGGCUACAUGCUGAUCAAUAGCUUGUUUAUUUUUUAUUUUUUUAAGUGCUGUGUUGCUAUGUUACCGUACCUACCUUAGUACAAUUUAAUUGUACCUUAUUGUUCUUAUCAGGAUCGAUCAAGCCCCUACUAAUUUAUUCUCUGGAAUUUAAACAAAAGUUGUUUAUAGAACUGUGGUCCACAGUUUCCCCAUAGAGAUGCUAUCUUUCUGUGUUUACUGUCAGAGAUGCAUGGUGUUUGUCAGACUGCGUCAUUAUUUAAUAAAAAAGCUGUGAUUAGUUAUCUAAUAUUGCUAGCGACAUAAACAAACCCUUGCCCUCAUUUUAACCAGCAUAUUUCAGCCUCGGUACCUAAGUGUCGCCUGUUAAAUCUACUUCAAUCAGUGUAGAUGAAGGGGAGGAGACAGGUUAAAGAAGGACUUUAAAGCCUUGAGACUUGGAUUAUGUAUCUGUACCAUUGAGGGUGAAUGGGCAAGACAAAAGAUUUAAGCUUUUUAAGAUUUUUGAAUGGGGUAUGGUAGGUGCCAGGCGCACCAGUUUGUGUGUCAAGAACUGCAACGCUGCUGGGUUUUUAACGCUCAACAAGAACAGUUCACCACCCAAAGGACAUCCAGCCAACUUGAAACACCUGUGGGAAGCAUUGGAAUCAGCAUGGGCCAGCAUCCCUGUUGGACACUUUCAACACCUUGUGUGUUCAAGCCCCAAUGAAUUCAGGCUGUUCUGAGGGCAAAGGGGGUGCAACUCAAUAUUAGGAAGGUGUUCCUAAUGUUUUGUACACUGUAAAUCCUUAUUUAGUUGAAUGAUUUUCAAUUUGAGUGUCAUUAAUUCUAUAUAGCCUACACUUUCUCCUUCUGAACUUCUAAUGUAAGUGGGACUAGUGUGGCUUGGUGAUAAUGACUACACAAGCAGCCGCUCUGAUUUGACAGCUCUAAUGCAGUUCCACAUCCGACAACACAAAAAGACUAGCUAUGUGGGUGUCAGCUAUCGCCGGUUAACACGUGAUCUAAUUGAAUCUAGGACUAAGUAUCUAAGGCUGCAUUUAGACAGCCAGCCCAAUUUGGAUCUUUUUUUCCACUAAUUGGUCUUUUGGGCAAUUGCAUCGUCUCAACAAAAAAACAAUCUGAUUAGUUUAAAGACCAGAAUUGGGCUACCUGUGUAAACUCAGCCAAUGUGCAUUGAAGUAUAAAGCAUGUUUGUGUGUAAAGUGCAUGUGGAAUGGAAGAGCCUGUAGAGAAGGUCACUAUUGUUACUCUAAUGGUGCAGUAUUUAUGUUCAUAAUGUUAUUUAGCAAUACUUCAAAGCAAUCCUUCAAAAUGGGUAUGAGAUGUUGCUGUUAGUCUGUUUUUAUACAGUUUCGCAUUGAUUGAUGUUAGAUAUUAGUUGCUAUUUAUUUCAAUUGCAUGUUAAUGUACAUGGUCCUGUUGGAUGUUAUUUUUGUGUCUUAUAUACCACAGACAAAAUGAUGCACUGACUGUCCCAACUUCUUUGUAAAGUAACAUCACCAAGCACUUUUGAUUUCAUAGGUAACGUACUGUAUGACAAAGGAUAUUCAAGUGUUUUAAAUGUGUUUUUGUUCUUUUAAAUAAAAAUAGAGGCUUAUUGAA